AAGAGCAACAAACAUUGAUACCAAAAAAAGCAUAAAAAAGUCAUGGAUAAGCUCAGAACCAGUAGUAGCAAUAAGAAAAAGAAUGGCAUUGUCAAGCUCAAGAUUGUGCUUGAAAAACUCCAAAAGAGUCUUUUAUUGGGUAGGAAAUCGAAUUCCUAUCGUGACGAGUAUGAAGAUGUUAGUGACACAUCUUCUGUGCCAGAAGACGUAAAGGAAGGACAUUUUUCUGUGAUUGCUGUGAAUGGAGACGAACCUAAAAGAUUUGUGGUUCCCUUAAGCUAUUUGACACACCCUACGUUUCUAAGGCUGUUGGAGCAGGCAGCUGAGGAGUAUGGUUUUGAUCAUGAGGGUGCACUAAAAAUACCUUGCCGCCCAAGUGAGCUUGAGAGAAUAUUGGCUGAGCAAUGGCAAGAGGAGGGAGACUCAGAUCAUGCUGGGGUUAAUUGGGGUUCUUGUAAAAGUAACAUGGUGCAAAGCUAUUGAAGAAAGAGCAUAACAAGCUACUUUCAUAGCUUAAUCUUUGUUUAUGUAUGCAUUUAUUUAUUUUCAUGUGUAUUGCAGAAACUGCAAUGCAAUAAAAUUUGUAGUUCAAUCUCUAUCAUACAUUGUUUUACCA